UAAUUUAUCUUCAAACGUUCUUAAAAAGUUUUUGGUUUUACAAAUGUUUGGCUGAUAACGAUUACGCAUUGACAAAGAAACUUGCAUACGCGUCAUAGUUAUAACUCUGUUUGAGUCGAAAGCAUCGUUGUCUUCAAGAUGUUUCUAAAGACUGUGCUAUUGGUCGUAUUUCUCUACAACGGACUUGUUAGUGGUUCAACCACGUGGCCAUACUACUAUACUACUGCAGCAUAUCCAACGACCGCAGCGGCUGGUUGCGGAGCUUGUCCAACCUGCCCACCCGGAUACAGCACGUACCAAACGAACAAUCAUGGUCAGUGCAGAUGCCUCUGUGAAUACACAGGAUAUUAUUAUCAAGCUUCUACACCGCAGCAUGUUGGACGUGGCGUACUGAUGCAGAUCCUACGGAACCUUCAGACCAACGCUGCUGCCCUCGAGCAGAUGGCCUCAGGGGUCAGCGACGAGGCAAACAUAGCAGAAAGCGUGGCAAAUAGCAGUAAAUAGUCAACAAAUUAUCCCAAAAGAAAAAAAUUGUGAUUUAUAAAUAUGACUGACGAUUUUCUGACAGUUCUUUUUCCAUCAAACCACGGCAACGUAUUAUUAGCGAAUAAAAAACCAUUAUAUAAUAAUGCAUCUUGUAUUUUCUGAAAUAUUAAAAACGUAUUCAUUCUAUUGAUCAUUGUAAUUUUGGUUUUGUUUGUUCAACAGUAUCAUGGAAGUAAAUAUGUAUCAUAUGGCUUUCAGAGAGAAUAAAUCCUUAUUUGAACUCGA